AUGAGUGCAGUAGAUGAUGACGAUAAUUAUCGAAAAAUCGAAUCAUCUUAUAAAUACAAGCCCACCUCUUUGAGUAUUCCACAGGUAUCUAGAAUUCCACUUCUGAAGGCUCUUCCUUACCUAAGAGUUUGCGGGUGUUUGUUAAAAAAGCCCAAGAAAGACUACAGACUUGCUUUAAAGAAGGCUUUACUCUAUAUUAUGGACGCAAAAAUGCCUAAAAAUGAUUUGAAACUUGAGAAAGACCCUUUUCUUAGGCUGGGUUUUGGUAUGAAUGUCUAUUUUGACACCUUGAAAUAUUUAAUUGUACUUAUGCUCUUAGUUUUCGUCUUCUCUCUUCCUUCUGUCUUUGUUUAUGCAUCAUAUAACGGACUAGCUAAGCAACCAAUGCCUUUUGUUACUUAGUUUUCACUCGGAAAUAUGGAAUGCUAAUCUGGAAGAAUGCUCUUUGAUUAGUUUGAUUUCGGCAUUAUACCAGGUAAUAGUAAAAUUUAAAACUUUUGUCGUAGAAACGAUAUUACUAAAUCAUGUUCUGAAGAACUAGAUUAGGCUUAAGUCUAAUCAUACAUCUAAGAAAAAUGCUUUGAUAAGUCAGAAUGUGAAAUAGAUGUCUAAAAGAUCAGAGGAAUGAUUACUAAUAAUUUUACAGCCAAGAGCAAUCGAUGCCUUGAAGAAACUUCAAAUUUCUUUGUCCAAAUUCCUUGUACGUUCCACAAAGGGGAACUAUAGAAAAGAAGAAUCUAAGGCUUAAUAGUUGGCUGUAUUGGCAUCUUUAUCAGUCUAUUCUUCUUGGUUUAUGUUGACUAUCUAAAUGGUAUCUUCAAAAAUCUCUACAUAGAGUGGGAUGUAAAUACUGUUACAGCAGGAGACUACUCAGUUGAAUUAGAUAUUUCAGAAAAAAUGUGGAAGAAUUUCAUUGAAAAGAUUUACAACCCAAACUAUAAAAGCACUAAGUUAUAUCAAUUCAAAAAGUAUCUUAUUAAAUAACUUGAGUAAAACUUCUCAAGACUUCCAGAUCUCGGUUUCGAAGACUAAAAAAUAGAACACAUUAGAAUUUCUAUGAUUACUUUUGCUUUCGAUAAUUCCGACCUAAUAAAUUUACUUAAAAAGAGGGGUCUUGCAAUAUAAUAAGAGAAUUACAAUAAGAUGAGAGAAAUUAAUAUGAAAAUUGACCACUUAAAGUAAAAAUUUCUUGAAAAAUAUAACAGACCAGUUACUGCUUUCUUGACUUUUGAGAAUGAAGAGGGCAUUAAUAGAUGUAUAGCUUACAAAUAAACAGUCACUGCAAAUGAAUUUAUUGAUAUCAGAACUCUUCUUGGGCAAGAAUUAAAUUUUAAAUAUGCUUCUGAGCCCACUGAUAUUAUCUGGGAAAACAGACAUUUUACAAGAUGGGAUAGAAUCAAAAGAACUUUUAUUGUUGUUUCAUGCGUUCUUCUUCUACUUUCUAUAUCAUUCAUAAUUAUUUUCGCUUGUUCCAAGAUUGCCAACAAAGCUAUUUUAAAGUAUCCAGCCGUUGAUUGUGAUGAUGUUGCUAAAAUUUAAGGAAACUCAUUCGCUGCUAAUGCUUUUGCUGAGUGGGACAGAAAUUUUGACAAAGAGGACAAGGAAAAAGAGGAGCCAAUUUACAUGAGUACAGUCAAAUGUUUUUGUGAAUUUCAAUAAAAAAAUGACAAGUUCUUCACCAAAUACUCACUUGUUGACGGAGUUAGAUUAGAAGAUGAAACUAAUUCCUAAGUUUAAAAGCCAAUUUGCUAUACUUAUAUGCAAGAUAAACUCCUUUCCUACAUUCUUGGAGGUAUAAUGUCGUUAGCCAUCGUAGUGAUCAACUUUGUUCUUAGAAUCGUAUUAAUUAACUUGAUAAAGUGGAUUGGAGAAGAUACCUACUCGUAAUAAUUAAAGUCAAUUACUAAUGGUAUAUUUAUUGCUCAAUUCCUUAAUACUGGUUUCCUAAUGCUCUUGGUUCAAGCAAAUCUUGAUGAAGUUCGAUUUCCUCUUGGUCAUUCAGUAUUUAAUGGUCCGUUCUAUGAUUUCCUCCCACUUUGGUACACUGCUGUAGGUUACAAGAUCACUUAGACCAUGAUCAUUAACUCGGUAUUCCCAAUUAUUGAAUUCGGAAUUGACUAUUUAUUUCUAUAGUUCUAGAGAAUAUUCGAUAGAAGCUGUGGCAAAGAUACCUAUAAGACUAAAAUGACUAAUAUGCAACAGUAUAUUGAUAUUUACAGUGGUCCAGAAUAUCUUAUCCAUUUUAAGUAUUCAGGUAUUCUUAAUGUUACCUUUGUUACUAUGAUGUAUGGCCUUGGAAUGCCUAUUCUUUUCCCUAUUGCCGCGUGGACGUAUUUUGUUUUAUACUCACUUGAAAGAGUUCUUGCAGCUUAUUUCUAUCAACUUCCACCAACUUUUGAUGAUCAAAUGUCUAAGAAUGCACUAAUGAAAAUGAGAUGGGCUGCUAUCUUCUAUUUGUUCUUUGGAUUCUGGAUGCUCUCAAGCAAGAUUGUCUUUAGCAAUCAACACAAUCUUAUUGAGGAUAUAGAUGAGCUAAUGAAAUCAGGUCACACCAUCAAAAGUAUUAGAGUUGACUAAGCUUCUCCACUACUAUUAAUUGGAGUUUGCAUCUUUUGUAUAAUUUUCAUGUAAAACUUCUUUAAGAAGACCCUUAAAAAAUGGGGAUUCACUUUUGGUGGGUCUAAAAUAAAUGUUGAUUAGAACUUGCCUUUUUUCUUUAAAUCAAUUAGACUAAGAGAAGCUGCAUGGCUUCUGAAGGAAAACAAAAAUCUCAAGGAAGAAUAUGGAUUUUCCAUUAUUAGCAGAGAAAUUGAAGAUACACUAUAAAAAAUUAAAAUUCCUAAAAAAGCUAUUCAAGGAGUACCUUACUAUAUUAUCUUAGCGAACCCACUAUACACCAGAGAUUUACAUUAUAUCUGCUGUGAUGUUCCAGCAAGAGACCCUUUGAUUAAGGAUGACGAUGAUGAUGAUGAUAAUAAUUGUGAGUAGUCAGAUAUUGUUUCAAUUGUCUUGAAUAUGGCUUUUAUCCCAGAUGAAGUAUUGAACUAAUUCAAAAUCUAAACUGGGUUUCGUAAGUAUUUUAGGACUGCAAUGGACUUCUACCUUGCCAAGAAAGGAAAAAAAUUAAUAAAGGAUAAAAAUACUGCAAAUGAUAAGAUAGACAUCCUAUCUUCAAAUACUGCUACAGGUAGUAUAAUAAUAAGAAAAAUUACAAAGAUAAUGCAAAGUUGA